AUGUCCAUACUCACGGUCCACACAGCCCAUCAGGAUGCGUAUCAAAACGCAAAAAUAUUACAUCGAGACCUUAGCGUCGGGAACAUCGUCAUCUACCGAGGGAAGGGCUUCCUCAUUGAUUGGGACCUAGCAAAGCUAGUCAUCAUUCAGGGUCCUCGACAAACGACACACAUGGUAAGUUCGUUUCAUGCUCAAACUCAUUGUAUUAAUUUUUUUGGUAUCCAGGGAACCUGGCAGUUCAUGUCUGCUCACCUCGUCAAAAAUACUCACUGCUGUCCACAGUAUCGAGGAUGA